UCCUUAUUUGUUUUCCCACUCUCCCAGUGGGCAGCACUUCCAGUGGCAGGCCAGCAUUCUCUGCCAUGUCUCUGUGGUCUCUGCUCAGCAGCCCUGUCUGGGGUCUUGGCUUUGUCCUCCUCAUUCUGGUCCCUCUGCUUAGACUAGGUGUACAGAUCUGGUAUAAGAUCCAUCUUUGGGACCUCCAAGGCUGCUCCACAGAUCUGACUGGGAAGACAGCGGUGGUGACUGGAGCCAACAGUGGCAUUGGGAAGGCUGUGUCCCAGGAGCUGGCUCGUCGCGGAGCACGUGUGAUCCUGGCCUGCCGUAGCCGUGAGCGUGGACAGGGAGCCCUGACUGAGAUACAAGCAGCCACCAGGAGCAACCGCCUCCUGCUUGGUGGGGUGGACCUGAGCUCUAUGGCCUCCAUCCGGAGCUUUGUUCAGUGGCUUCUGCGAGAGUCUCCUGAGAUACAUCUACUGGUUAACAAUGCUGGUGUCUCUGGAUUCCCAAGAACACGUACCCCGGAGGGUCUUGAUCUCACCUUUGCCACCAACUACAUUGGGCCUUUUCUGCUCACAAAUCUGCUCCAAGGGGCCCUACAACGGGCAGGGUCAGCUCGAGUAGUGAAUGUGUCUUCCUUCCGGCAAGCACAUGGGUACAUUGAUGAGGAACAUCUAAUAGGGGCUGGUGGACCUUUGACCUUCAACCAGAACUAUGACUGCAGCAAACUGCUUUUGGCAUCAUUCACUGGGAGGCUUGCCCAGAGACUUCAAGGGACAGGUGUGACCGUGAACUCUGUGAGCCCAGGUGUUGUGUAUACGGGGAUCAUGAAGAAUUCCCCUUGGUUGUAUCGCUUCCUCUUCUGGCUCCUUAGCAUCUUCUUCAAGAAUAGCAAACAAGGCGCGAUCCCAGUCCUCUACCUGUGCUUGGCAAAGGAGUUGGAUGGCAUUUCUGGAAAAUAUUUUAGCAGUUCCUGUGUGAUAACUCUUCCCCCUAAAGCUGCCCGGGAUCCUCAUGUGGCCCAAAGCCUCUGGAAUACCACGGUCCGACUGACAAAUCUAGACAAGAUGGACUAAUCGUCUUUGACCCCUGCCCCAACUUGCCACCCUCCCCUGACCCCAGAACCUUGCUCUGAUUUUGCCUUCCGUUUGCCACCUGCAAGGAUCAAUCUCCUUGUCCCGAAUAAUGAUCACUUCCUCUUCCUCAUGGUUCAGGGGCAUGAGAGCUCAGAUUAGCCAGGGUAACGUUUCAGCUUCCACUUUUCCGCCAGUUCUCUGACAGAAGGAUUCACGCCUUAGGCACUAGGAUCACCAGACUUACUGAGUCCCAUGUUAGGGUGACAGGGAGUAAAACUCCUUUCUGUGGGUCUUAGGGGGACUGGUAAGAGGGGAGACUUCCACAUGUGCCUCUUGGUUCCUGGUUUUGGGGGACAGGGCCAUCUAGUCUCAUCUGGAUUCUUGUAGGACAGCACCCCAACUUCACAGGGUGUUUUCUCCCAGCUACAGGUAGCUGUUCUGUCUUUCACUCAAACUGCUGUUCCUGGGUGCCCGUCAUGCAAUGAGGCCAGUGAGUUCUGAGAGUAGAGCCUUCUCACGCUUUUCUAGGCCUUUGUUCAUCUACAUCAAUUUUUCUCUCUCUCUCUCUUUUUUUUUUUUUUUUUUUGCCUUUUUCUAGAACCGCUCCCUCAGCAUAUGUAGGUUCCCAGGCUAGGGGUCGAAUUGGAGCUGUAGCCACCGGCCUACACCAGAGCCACAGCAACACGGGAUCCGAGCCGCGUCUGUGACCUACACCACAGUUCAUAGCAACGCCAGAUCCUUAACCCACUGAGAGAGGCCAGGGAUCGAACCUGCAACCUCGUGGUUCCUAGUCGGAUUCGUUAACCACCUAGCCACGACAGAACUCCCAUCUACAUCGAUUUUGGAAUCGCUGUUCAAACUUCACACACACAAAUCCUGUUGGGAUCGAGCUACAUCUAUUUGGGAAGAUUGACAUUUUCAUGAGAAUGAGCUGUUCUAAACACAAAAAAGCUGUAUUUAUAUCUUUUUAAAUCUUCUAAUACUCUUAAACAGUUUUGAAUAAUUUUACCUGUAAAGAUCUUGUACAGGUUUUACUAUAUUUCAUUCCAGGUACCUUGCUUUUUAUGCUAUUGCAAGUGGUAUUUUAAAAUUCACAUAUUAAUCAUACAUUAAACAACUAUAUUAAGUAAUCUAAUUCUAAUAAGUUAUCUGUAGAGUCUUUGGUUUUUCCACAUAGAAAAUCACUCCUUCUAGGAAUAACAACAGAUUUAUUUCUUCCAACUAUUAUAAAUAAAAUUUGAUUCCUUUUCCUAUGCCUUAAUUGGUUUUCCAGUAUUAAAAACCAAACUUGCAUUUAAA